GUUAUGCAUAUAAUAUAAACUCACAUCUACAAAGUCUGGAUUAUAUUGACAGUAUUUGCUUGACAGCGAACCUAUCUACAGUACUGACCUAUAUUAAAAAUGGAGGAACUUGACAAGACUCAACUGACCCUUCUAAAGAAUGCCUUCGACGCCUUCGACCAUGAGAAAAAAGGAAUCAUCAGCACAGACAUGAUUGGUACAAUCCUCGAAAUGUUAGGACACGAGAUUGAUGAUGACUCCUUAAAAGAAAUUAUUGACGAGGUUGACGAAGACGGUUCGGGCGAAUUGGAGUUCAGUGAGUUUUGUAAGCUGGCAGCGCAGUUCCUCACAGAAGAUGAGGAGCCUGACAGUGAAGCCAUGACGGCCGAGCUCAGAGAGGCCUUCAGAUUAUACGACAAAGAAGGUAACGGUUACAUUACGACGGAUGUACUGCGUGAGAUCUUCAAGGAACUGGACGCUUCUAUUCCGAAGGACGACUUGGACGCCAUGAUUGAGGACAUUGACUCUGAUGGCUCGGGCACUGUUGACUUUGAGGAAUUCCUUGAAGUCAUGACUGGUGAAUAAAUUUCCGGCUUGUGUAGGUUCUUUUUUAUAUUAUUAGUUUAUUUAUAAAUGUUAUUUAACUAUUAUUAAAAACCUAAGUGAUAUUUAGAUUAAGUUUCGACCAAAAUUCAAAUUUACUGCGCCUUUACUCUGUCUAAGGCACUGGAAGGUUGAAUUUUGAUGAUACCUUUUAAUGUAUUUAUUAUAAGGUACUUUAGUAUUUAUAAAAAAAUAAAAACCUGCGAGCAGUGAACAUAAAUAUUUUUAAUAAAUAAUGAUU